AGUGUGAAUGGCAGUGAGCCAGUUUACAUUGUACGGAGUGUUGAAGGGUAACAAGCCAGACUUCCACGUGGCGAUGCCGCCCCAGAAUGCAAAGCCCUUUUAUGCUUCUUUGGUGGAUAGCUUCAGAAAAUCUUACAAACCAGAUGUAGUCAAAGAUGGUGUGUUUGGAGCAAUGAUGAAGGUCAACUUGGUCAAUGAUGGACCAGUCACAAUGCAGAUUGACUCGCAAUCCCCCAAGAACUCAAACGAUGUGAUAGAAGAACAAUCAUAAUUUUCGUCGGUUGGCUUGACGGAAGAUUUAGCAAUGGACCGGAAUUUGAAUCUGGAUUUGUGGGAUGUAAUAUUCAACUUUCUUGAUUGAUCAUGUGAAUUUAAGGUAGCAUGUAUGGAUGCAUCAAGUUCAAGUUAUGUUUUUGGA